GCCUCUCUUCUCCUUUCAUUUCAAUUCUGCUACCAAUCUUAGCAUCAUCAAACUCAAUGACUGCAAACUUCUUCAUUUCUCCUUCAAACUUUCAAUUAAUUUCAACCCCAUUUUCUGAAAAAUUUCCUUCAUUUAAUCUUCCCUCCACAUCUAAACCCCAUAUACUCAAAACCCAAAAACCCCUUAAUUCUCUUUCCUCCAAUGCCACUUCCUUCUUCCUCCAAAAUCACUCCUUUUCUUCAAAAAACAAUGAUAAAAUUGAGGAUGAUGAAAAUGGUGAAUAUUGUAAUGAAGCUACAAAUUCAGAUAAUAAUAAGGUCAAAAUGCCCACUGCUCCAUGGAUGAAAGCUCCUCUUUUUCUUCCAUCUGAUGAAAUUCUGGACCUUUCCAAAUCCAAUGAAACGAGAAAUAAAACCUCUAAUUUUCAAUCCCAUAAAUCUGAUAGGUCACUUACUGAGAAAAUUAGUGGAAGAAAGGGUAAAAAAGUGGUAAGUAAAAUUGUUCAGAAAAUUGAAAGGCUUCAACUUGGCAGUGAUUUGGUUGAUACCCAGAAAAAUUGGGUUGGUGCCCAGAAAAAUUGGGUUGGUGCCCAGAAAAAUUGGGGUGAUACCCAAAAAAAUUGGGAUGAAUUUGGAGGUGGGUUUUUGGUGGGUGAUGGUGGGGAGUCAAGAUUGGGGCGCAAAAUGCCGUGGGAGAAGGAUGAAAAGUUGGUUUUUAGGCGGAUGAAGAGAGAGAAAGUGGUGACAGCUGCUGAAUUGGGUCUUGAUGAGGAGUUGUUGAAGAGAUUGAGGAAAGAAGCCUCAAAGAUGAGGAAGUGGGUUAAGGUGAUGAAAGCUGGUGUUACUCAAACUGUUGUUGAUGAGGUUCAUUCAAUUUGGGCUAAUAAUGAGCUAGUUAUGCUUAAGUUUGAUCUGCCUUUGUGUAGAAAUAUGGAUAGAGCACGGGAAAUUGUUGAGUUUAAAACAGGAGGAUUAGUUGUGUGGAGUAAGAAAGACAGCCUUGUUGCAUACAGAGGGUCCGAUUAUCGUUUAAGGAGAUGUUCUCGAAAGACUUAUGUUGGACCUGUAGCUGGAGGACAAAGAUAUUCUUCUAAACAAGGCUAUGAACGCAGAAAUAUGGUCCAAGAAAACGAUUCUCGACCAUUUGGGCUAUUGAUGGAUAAGAACCUGGGCACUAAACCAACUGAUAGGCCACUGUAUGAGAGGGAAGGUGACAGAUUAUUGGACGGUUUGGGACCUCGAUUCAUUGACUGGUGGUAUCCAAAGCCCUUGCCAGUGGAUGGAGACCUGCUACCGGAGGUUGUUCCUGGUUUCAAGCCUCCAUUUAGGCUUUGUCCUCCUCGUGUUCGGUCCCAAUUGACUGAUGAUGACCUAACAUACCUGAGGAAAGUCGCUCGCCCAUUGCCAGUACACUUUGUCCUUGGCAGGAACUCUAAACUUCAAGGCCUUGCUGCUGCUAUCUUGAAAUUGUGGGAGAAGAGUGUAAUUGCCAAAAUUGCUGUGAAAUGGGGUGUUCCAAAUACCAACAAUGAACUCAUGGCCUCCGAGCUUAAGCGGCUUACAGGAGGAGUUCUCUUACUGCGUAACAAGUUCUUCAUCGUUCUAUACAGAGGCAAGGACUUUUUACCAUGCAAUGUUGCAGAUGCGGUAGUUGAGAGAGACUUAGAGCUCCAGCAAUGGCAACUCCAUGAAGAAGAAGCACGCCUUAAAGCAGCCGAGAUUCUUAAUACUAAUGAUGAAACAUCAGCAGAUAAAAGUGUUGUUGGAACAUUUUCAGAAUUUCAAAAUAUAAAAACAAUUUGCAGGAAUGCACACAUCAAUCGUGAUGAGGCUGAAGUAAAGUUAGAAGCUGAGAAAGAAAAACUAGAGAAGGAAUUAGGAAGGCAGGAGCAUAAGCUCGCCAUCCUCAAAAUCAAAAUUGCGAAAGCAGAACGAGAACUAUGGAAAUUAAAUUCAGCCUUGAAUCCUUCUGAACAAGAGCCUGAUCAAGAAUUGAUAACUGAGGAGGAAAGAGAGUGUUUCAGGAAAAUAGGCUUGAAGAUGAACAGAGUUCUAGAGUUAGGGAGGCGAGGGGUCUUUGAUGGAGUGAUAGAAGGCCUACACCAGCACUGGAAGCACAGAGAAGUAGUGAAAGUUAUCUCAAUGCAGAAAACAUUUUUACAGGUUCUUUGCACUGCUAAAACACUGGAAAGAGAGAGUGAUGGAAUAUUAGUAUGCAUUGAGAAGUUAAAGAAAGGCCAUGCGAUAAUUAUCUACCGUGGGAAAAACUACAAGCGUCCUGUACAUUUUGGUGAAAAUCUCCUUGAUAAAAGGAAAGCACUGAAACGGUCUCUUGAAAUGCAAAGACUUGGAUCCCUUAGAUUUUUUGCAUAUCAAAGGAAUAUGGAAAUUGCAGAUCUGAAGGUCAAACUGGAUGAUCUAAUAAACAGGCGCAGCAAAAACGGUUCAGUCAUUCUUUUAGCAGAUGAAGCCAUCCAAGUUUAAACAUGUGAAAUUGUAUCAUAUGAUAGAUUCUUCUUCUUCUUCAAUGAUGCGACGAAUAAUCUGCACUAAGUUCAUGUUUCUUUCUUCAAUUUGGAGUGCCUUGAAGAUCUCAGUGUUGUGUAUACUUGUACAUUUUCUCUAAUCACCGGUGUUAUGAAUGUUAACAUCUGAAAAAAAAAAAAAAAAACUGCUACUAGUUUUUAGUUAUUAGUUUAACAAUUAACAAGACGUAUAUAAGGUAAUUGUCCAAACUCUUAUUGUAUUUGGAAUCAAAAUUCUAUUUUUAAUACCUUCAAUAAUACCAUGCUGCUAAAACUAAAA